AUGGCCCUCUAUUGCGGUGAUAAUUUCGGGGUGUACUCGCAGCCCGGCCUGCCCCCGACCGCAGCUGCCGCCGCCCCAGGCGCCCCCCCUACUGCCAGGGCGCCCUACGGGCUGGCCGACUACACCACGCCGCCGGCCGCCGCCGCCAACCCCUAUCUGUGGCUCAACGGGCCCGGCGUGGGCGGCCCACCCACCGCCGCCGCGUACCUGGGCGCCCCGCCGCCUCCACCGCCCCCCGGGAGCGCGGCCGGGCCCUUCCUGCAGCCACCGUCGGCCGCCGGCACCUUCGGCUGCGCGCAGCGGCCUUUCGCGCAGCCAGCGCCGGCAGCUCCAGCCUCGCCCGCGGGCCCCGGGGCAACCGGCGAGCUGGGCUGGCUGUCCAUGGCCAGCCGUGAGGACCUCAUGAAGAUGGUGCGGCCGCCCUAUUCAUACUCGGCGCUCAUCGCCAUGGCCAUCCAGAGCGCGCCCGAGCGCAAGCUGACGCUCAGCCACAUCUACCAGUUCGUGGCCGACAGCUUCCCCUUCUACCAGCGCAGCAAGGCCGGCUGGCAGAACUCCAUCCGUCACAAUCUGUCGCUCAACGAUUGCUUCAAGAAGGUGCCCCGCGACGAGGAUGACCCAGGGAAAGGUAAUUACUGGACCCUGGAUCCAAACUGUGAGAAAAUGUUUGACAAUGGCAACUUCCGUCGGAAGCGAAAGCGCCGCACCGAGGCCAGCAGCAGCUCCCCAGUAGUCACAGGGACAUCCAAAUCAGAAGAAGUGCUUUCCUCAGGAUUAGGAGCUGGAAUGGGAGUGAAGCCAGAAAGAGACAGCCCCUCCUCUUCUUUGCUAAGAGCUUCCCAGUCACCGGAACCUCCCGAGGGCACCAAGAGUACUGCCUCAUCUCCAGGAGUGUCCUCGCUCACCUCUACCCCUUGCCUCAAUACCUUCUUCAGCAGUCUCAGCACCUUAAACAUCAGCAGCAGUGGGAGCACCCAGCGAGCGCUCUCUGGCAGCCGCCACCUAGGGAUCCAGGGGACCCCUCUGCCUUCCAGCAGCUCAUUCCCCACCAGCUCUAUCUCAGAAGCUUCACCAGACACCUUGCAGCUGAGUAACAGUACUAGCAGCAGCAGCGGCCAGAGAUCCUCCUAUUACAGCCCUUUUCCUGCCAGCGCCAGCGGGGGCCAAAGUAGCCCCUUCAGCAGCCCGUUCUACAACUUCAGCAUGGUCAACAGCCUCAUCUAUCCCCGUGAGGGCUCUGAAGUGUAG